CUCUGUUUUUCCUCCGUUGAUAUUCCAUCGCGUCUUCUUCAUCUUCUUCGGCGUGGAGACCGCCGGAACCAGAGAGAAAGACGAGCCUCCCCCCUUCGGGUCGGCGACUUUGGUUCUCGAGCUCGCGCUCUCUCCUCUCGCUGCCGCUACCCAGUGACAGGCAGCAGAUUUACUAUGUAAAAUGGUCGAUAAUGAAAGAGAUGAAGUACCGAUGCUGUUGGAAAUGCAACACCAAUUAUCAGAUGAUCCUAACAGCUCUCGGCUGCAGUCAUUUGUAUCUAGGACCCGGAGCGCAUCAAUUUCCAUCCCUGCGAGCUCCAUGGAGCCACAUGAAAAUAUACCUAAUCUAGUAGGUUAUACUGGACCUUUAAGGAGUGAAAAGAGGACGCCUUUCUCACAAAUGAGUGGCCCUUUAUACGUCAGUCACGGACCUGAAAGGACCUUCAGGCGUAACCAUGGUUUGCCUGGAAGCAAGGCAGUGGAGUCACAAUAUAUGCAAGAAAAAUUCCCUUCUUUUGGUAUAAAGGAUCGCCUCGACUCCACUGAUGACCACUAUGCUGUCAAAAAUGAACAUUUACUGAGGUCUGGGCAACUGGGGAUGUGCGAUGACCCCUACUGUACAACUUGUCCAUCAUAUUAUAAUAAAAGAGCGCAACAUACGAGUUUCAAGAGUUCAAGUAUAUUUGAUCCCAAGUUUCACAAUGCUCUUUAUGGGGAUGCCAAAGGUUGGGCAAGGAGGUUCUUAUCUUAUGUCAAUGCCCACAUUCCUGGUGUUAUGAAUCCUCAUGCUCAAGUUGUCCAGCGGUGGAAUAAAUUUUUUGUCAUUUCUUGCUUGCUGGCUGUCUUUAUAGACCCAUUAUUCUUCUUCUUGCUGUCUGUUCAAAAGGACAAUAUGUGUAUAAUAUUAAACUGGCACAUGACAACAACAAUUGUUGCUUUCAGAAGCAUGACGGACCUCAUAUACCUAUUGCACAUUCUUCUUCAGUUUAGGUUGGCUUAUGUAGCUCCUGAGACUAGAGUGGUUGGUGCUGGAGAUUUAGUUGACCAUCCAAAAAGAAUUGCUCUCAAUUAUCUGCGAGGAUACUUCUUCAUAGAUCUUUUUGUUGCAUUUCCACUUCCGCAGAUAUUGGUAUUGAUAGUUUUACCAACAUUCAAGGGUUCGUCUGCAGCAAAUUAUGCAAAGAAUCUUUUACGUGCAGGCGUUCUUGUCCAGUACAUUCCCAGAUUAUAUCGAGUUCUGCCCUUCCUUGCGGGUCAGUCUCCUACUGGCUUCAUUUUUGAGUCGGCAUGGGCAAAUUUUGUCAUCAAUCUUCUCAUGUUUGUGUUAGCUGGCCAUGUCGUUGGAUCAUGCUGGUACCUUCUUGGGCUGCAGAGGGUUAAUCAAUGUCUUCGGGCAGCGUGCAAACCAGACCUGUGUAACUUUAUGGAUUGUGGACAUGGAGACAAAAUUGCGGAAUUCAAGGAAAAUAAAACAUUAUGGAAUAGCUGGAAAAAAAAUCCGAAUGCUACUGCUUGUUUCAACACCUCUGGUGGUUUUAAAUAUGGUAUCUAUCAAAGCGGUGUUGAGCUUACCCUACAAGAAAGCGUGGUCACAAGAUACGUGUUUUCGUUGUUCUGGGGAUUCCAGCAAAUAAGUACUCUAGCGGGAAAUCAAACUCCAAGCUACUUUGUCCCGGAAGUCCUGUUUACCAUGGGCAUUAUUGGAUUGGGCCUCUUGCUCUUUGCUCUUCUCAUUGGAAAUAUGCAGAACUUCCUCCAGGCUCUUGGAAGAAGGAGGUUGGAAAUGUCAUUGAGGCGUCGUGAUGUUGAGCAAUGGAUGAGUCACAGACGUUUACCUGAACAGCUAAGAAGAAGAGUACGCCAAGCUGAGCGAUACAAUUGGGCUGCCACUAGAGGAGUCAAUGAAGAAAUGCUUCUCGAGAAUUUUUCUGAAGAUCUCCAGAGAGAUAUUAGACGCCAUCUCUUCAAAUUUGUGAAAAGAGUGCGGAUAUUCGCAGUAAUGGAGGAUCACAUCACAGAUGCUAUUUGUGAGAAGCUAAGGCAAAAAACAUACAUCAAAGGAAGCAAGAUCCUGCACCCUGGCGUUCUUGUUGAAAAGUUGAUUUUCAUUGUCCGCGGGAAAAUUGAGAGCGGAGGGGAAGACGGGGUUACAAGUUUAUGUGAAGGAGAUAUAUGCGGGGAAGAGCUUCUAGCUUGGUGCCUUGAGAGUUCUUCUAUAUGCAAAGAUGGACGUAAGAUAAGACCGCCUGGAAACCGGUUGCUGAGCAACAGGACUGUGACGUGUGUGACGAAUGUUGAAGCCUUUGCACUACGAGCAGAAGACCUUGAAGAAGUCACCAGACUAUUUGCAAGAUUCCUGCGCAAGCCAAAAGUUCAAGGAGCCAUAAGGUAUGUAUCGCCAUACUGGAGAGGACUUGCGGCAACUCGCAUUCAAGUCGCUUGGAGAUACAGGAAGAAACGACUAAGUCGUGCCGACACUUCCCAGUCAGAGCAUCCUUCACAUUAGCAAAGUAUAUUGAUGGCAUACACUACAUUCGUCCGCUCUCUGUAUUUAUAUUAGGUUCCAGUCACAUAGUGACUGCAAACUAUAAUAGAGGACAUGUUGUAAGCGCAUAACGAUAUAGGCAUGCAAUGUAAAUUGCUAUAACGGAUCGGUAGAUUCUUCUACACAAAUGAUAUACAAGGGAUCAGAUGACAAUUGCUUUGUUGGAGCGUCGAGCACAUAAGGGACCACGGCUGUGCUUAAUACGACCACAGUGAAUUGGAGAUCGGAAA